GGCGCAAAGAUGGCGGCGGUGGCGGCGGCGUCAAGCUCGCUGCUGCUUGUGGUGGGCGGCGAGUGCGGGUGCCCCGGGCUCCUCGCCUACGUCCUGGAGGAGCUCGAACGAGGUGUCCGGUCCUGGGAUGUUGAUCCUGGUGUCUGCAGCCUUGAUGAACAGCUCAAGGUCUUUGUGUCACGCCACUCGGCCACCUUCUCCAGCAUCGUGAAAGGCCAGCGGAGCCUGCAUCACCGCGGAGACACCGUGGAGACCCUGGUCCUCCUGAACCCAUCAGACAAGUCCCUAUGUGACGAGCUUCGGAACCUUCUGUUGGACCCCGCCCCUCAUAAGCUGCUGGUGCUGGCUGGGCCCUGCCUGGAAGAGACAGGGGAGCUGCUGCUGCAGACAGGGGGCUUCUCACCCCACCACUUCCUCCAGGUCCUGGGGGACAGAGAGAUCCAGAACAUCCUAGCCUCCAGGCCCCCUCCGGCAUGCCUGCCCGCACUCACCAUCACCUGCCCAACCUUUGGAGACUGGGCCCAGCUGGCGCCUGACCUGCCCAGCCUGCAGGGUGCACUCCGGCUGCAGCUGCGGCUGAACCCACCAGCACAGCUGCCGGCCUCUGAGGGCCUGCGUGAGUUCCUGGAGUACGUGGCGGAAUCUCUGGAGCUGCCGUCCCCCUUUGAGCUGCUGGAGCCGCCGUCCUCUGGGGGCUUCCUCAGGCUGGCCCAGCCGUGCUGCUACAUCUUCCCUGGGGGCCUCGGGGAUGCCGCCUUCUUCGCUGUCAAUGGCUUCACGAUGCUUGUCAACGGUGGCUCUAACCCCAAGUCCAGCUUCUGGAAGCUGGUGCGGCACCUGGACCGGGUGGAUGCGGUUUUGGUGACCCACGCCGGCGCCGACAGCCUGCCCGGCCUCAACAGCUUACUGCGACGCAAGCUGGCAGAGCGCCAAGAGGUGGCAGCCGGCGGGGGCUCCUGGAACGACCGGCUGCGCAGGCUCAUCUCCCCCAACCUGGGGGUCGUGUUCCUCAACGCCCGGGAGGCCGCCGUGCGCCUGGUGCGUGGCGAGGACGAGGCAGAGCUGGCGCUGAGCCUCCUGACCCAGCUGGGCAUCGCACCCCUGUCUCUGAGCCGUGGCCCUCCGCCAGCCCAGCCCACCGUGCUCUUCCAGAAGAUGGGUGUGGGCCGGCUGGACAUGUACGUGCUGUACCCGCCGUCCGCCGGCGCCGAGCGCUCGCCGGCCUCCGUGUGUGCCCUGCUGGUGUGGCACCCCGUGGGGCCCACUGAGAAGGUGGUGCGCGUCCUGUUCCCGGGGUGCACGCCGCCGGCCCGCCUCCUGGACAGCCUGGUCCGCCUACAGCACUUGGGGUUCUUACGCGAGCCCAUGGUGACACCCCAGGACCUAGAGGGCCCACGGCGAGCAGAGAGCAAAGAGAGUGUGGGCUCUCGAGACAGCUUAAAGAGAGAGGGCCGGGCCCCCGUCCCCGCCAGGCCCAGCCAGGACCACCCCGGGGGCGCCCGCAAGGAGUCGGCACAGACUGAGGCCCUGGGCAGAACUGAGAAAGAAGCCAGGCUGUCCCGGGAGGUGAAGAAGAACCCCAAGCCCAGUGCCCCCCGGACCCAGCCUUCGGAGGCGCGCCGGGCAGCCUCUGCUGCCCCCAGCCUCAAGACGGCAGGCACCCAGGCAGCCCCCAAGCCCCGCAGGGCGGCCAGGUCGGGCGUCCUACCUGUGGAGAAUGGGCCCCGCAGUCCCCCUGGCAUGGGCCAUGGAGAGGCCAGUCCCCCAACAGUCACAGCGACCUGCAGCUCCCGGGCCCCGCAGCUGGUGGCCAUGCCCAGCCUGGAGCUGGGGCUGAACCUGGGCGGGGAGGAGAAAGCGAUGGAGCUGCUGUUGGCUGCCAGCGGCCCCCGGCCGCACACACCCUCCCCUGAGACUCUCAAGAGCCCUGCAGAGGGGAGUGGACGGCUGUCCCUUAGUCCACUGCGGGCGGGAGAGGCCGUGCCUGACGCCUCGCCCACAGCGACCACACCUACACUGACUACACCUUCACUGCCGGCAGAGGUGGGCUCCCCGCACUCCACAGAGGUGGACGAGUCCCUGUCUGUGUCUUUUGAGCAAGUGCUGCCGCCACCUGCCUCCACGAGCGAGGCCGGGCUGAGCCUCCCUCUGCGCAGUCCCCGGGCACAGCGCUCAGCCUCCCCACACGAUGUGGACCUGUGCCUGGUGUCACCUUGUGAGUUUGAGCACCGAAAGUCCGUGCCUAUGGCGCUGGCAGCUGCAUCUCCCGGCAGCUCCAAUGACAGCAGUGCCCGGUCACAGGAGCGGGCAGGUGGGCCAGGGGCUGAGGAGACUCCACCUACAUCUGUCAGCGAGUCCCUGCCCACCCUGUCUGACUCGGACCCCCUGCCCGCUACCCCUGGUGCUGGGGACUCGGAUGACAACACAGAGGGCUUCGGAGUUCCAGGCCACGACCCUCUGCCUGACCCCCUAAAAGUCCCCCCACCACUACCUGACCGACCCGGCAUCUGCAUGGUAGACCCUGAGAUGAUGCCCCCCAAGUCCACCCGGCAGACGGAGAACCCUGGUUGCACACGGAAGCCCCUGGCCCGGCCCAGCUCAGGCACUGUGGCCCCCAAAGCUGCUCCAGUGGCUGCUGCCAAAACCAAGGGACUUGCCGGUGGGGACCGGGCCAGCCGACCGCUGAGUGCUCGGAGUGAGCCCAGUGACAAGGGAGGCCGAGCACCCCUGUCCAGAAAGCCCUCGGUCCCCAAGACUGCCACUCGAGGCUUGUCAGGGUCAGCUGGCAGCCGGCCAGGUGCGUCAGCUGCCCCGCCCGGCUCCCCCAUCUACCUGGACCUGGCCUACCUGCCCGGUGGGAGCAGCGCCCGCCUGGUGGACAAGGAGUUCUUCCGGAGGGUGCGCGCACUCUGCUACGUCAUCAGCGGCCAGGACCGGCACAAGGAGGAGAGCAUGCGGGCCAUCCUGGAUGCGCUGCUGGCCAGCAAGCAGCAGUGGGACCGCGACCUCCAGGUGACCCUGAUUCCCACCUUUGACUCAGUGGCCAUGCACAGGUGGUACGAGGAGACACGCGCCCGGCACCAGGCGCUGGGCAUCACAGUGCUGGGCAGCAACAGCAUGGUGUCCAUGCAGGACGAAGCCUUCCCGGCCUGCAAGGUGGAGUUCUAGCCGUGCCCCCAGCACCGCCUCUGCCCCGACAUUCCCUGCACCAAGAGUAAACCAAGCCCUCUGCCUGGCUGUGGCCUCCAUUCCAUCGGCCAACAGGAGACUCACCAUGCGGGCCUCAGUCCUGGGGGAGCAGCUUCUGUCCCGUGGACUCCCCAGUGACCCCAUAGGUAUGAUUAAGUGAAAGAGCUGAAGAUGAGAUAAUCCUGGAUUAUCCAGGGUGGCCCAGAAUCCAAUGACAUGUGUUCCUGUGAAAGAAAAGGAGACCAUUGAAGACAGAGGCAGAGAUUGGAGUGAUUUGGCCACAUGCCAGGGAAUUCCUGGAGCUAUCAGAAACUGGAAAGAGACAAGGAAGGACCUUCCCCUGGAGCCUCCUGAAGAGGCUGGGAAGUCCAAUAUCAAGCUGCUGGCUGACUUGGGUUCAGGUGAGGACUCUCCUUCUGGCUUGCAGAUGGCCACCUUCUUCCUGUGUCUUCCCGUGACUGGAAGCGGGGCAGAGAGACAGGGAAAGACGGUGUGCAAGCUCUGCGGAGUCCCAUCACCACCCCACCCUCACAGCCUCGUCUAACUCUAAGCACCGCCCGAGGUCCCUGUCUGCAAAUACAAUCCCAUUGCAGGUCAGGGCUUCACACAGGAAUUUGGGGGGCACAUAGCAUUCAAUCCAUAACAGUUGGGGUUCAGAGUCCGAGGGCAACUGGCCAGCGUGGAAACCUCCACAAAUGAUUAGUUACAGACACUCUGAGUGGGAACCGGUCUCUGAUCAACUUCGUGGGAUCUUCGUGGGAUGUUGGGUCUUAAUGGCCACAAGACAGGCCAUCGGGAAAGGUAGAUGGGACAGGAGCUGUGCCCGUGCCCACCACCUCCUGUUGGAUGCCUGAGCAGCUCAACUCGUCACUGAGUUCAGCUGGCUGCCACCCCGCUCCACACCUUCCCAGCAAAAACUUACAGGGACAAGAGCCCCCGGAGACAGGGCUCUGCCUAGACCAGUUGACACAGCAGCACAAAGCCAGUCCUGCUCAGUCUCCUGUUGCCUGGGACAUAGGUUAUGACCCUUUCCCAGUUGUUACCAGGUAAGGAUGGACUUCUGGGGACACCAUUUCUAUGUGAGGCCAACUCAUCCCGAUUUUUCAUUUGGCUAAACUGUUAAGUGACAUCUGCCUCUUUUUCAUUAAGGUACAGUGUCUCACUCUGUUGCCCCAGGCAGAGUGCCCCAGGAGGCUUCACCGUAGCUCCCAGCAACCUCAAACUCCUGGCCUCAAGUGAUCCUCCUGCCUUGGCCGCCCUUGGGAUUACAGGCAUGAGCCAGUGCACCCAGCCUGUUGGCCCCUUUCCUGCAAGCCAGGAGAGGGCCCUCACCAGAACCCAGCUGUGCUGGCGCCCUGGUCUCAAGUUCCAGCCUCCAAAUGCAUGUGAAAAUAAAUUCUCUUGUUUAAGCCACCCAGUCUCUCGGACUUUGUUGUGGCAGCAGAGCUGGCCAAUAGUUAUGUUUUUGGUGUAUAUAUAAGGACUGUCAAAUCAGAGCUUUUAAUUCACCAAGAAGAGAAAACAGUCCCAAACUUGUAUGUACCUAAUAACAGCCUCAAAAUAUAUAAAGUUAAGAACCACUGCAGGGGAUCACAAAUUUAUCUUUGUUUUAGAUCUGUCACUAGAUUUUUCUAACACUGAUGUAGCCUUAUAUUCCUAGAAAGAACCCCACUUUGUCUGAUUUUAUUUCCAUCUUAAUAAGCCGUAUGGUCUGGGCUUUUGCCCUCCGUGUUUGGUGACUAUUAUCCUACCCCUUAGGUUUCUGAUGUUGCUGUGUACCUCACUGCUCUCACUCAGCAGCCCAGUGUGACAGCUUCCCCCACCUAGAAUGUCACAGGUCCCGAUGGGGCAAGGAGAUGUGGGAGUCAGGCACCACCCCGUAGAGGCUUCCUGGAAAAGUGACACACUUUCUGCUCUCAUUUCAUUGGCCAAAUCAGGUCACAUGACCCUAACUUCAGGAGCCGAAAGGUAUAUUCCUCCCUUAUACCUAGAAGGAGAACCAGAAGUAGUGGUGAAAAUCACUAAUGACCACUAACAGCUGUCCCCGAGAGAGAUCAUUUUGUCCUGGGCAAGAGUUGGCAAACUUUCUGUAAAUAACCAAAGAGCGGCAUUUUUGGUAUCACGUGCCAUGCCAUUGUGCCAUGCCAUUCUGAGACCACAGAACUAUGCUGGUGCAGCUGAAUCGGUCCAGUAUGCUGUAACUUACAUGUGUCACUAAUGAACUGUAACAAAAUGAUGAGUGUCUCAGUGCAAAGGACCUCCAGGUUGCAAGUCACAUAACCGGAGCACGCCCGGGUGAACCAAGCACGACAGUCAUGGCCCCGGAGAAAGUCAGCACAGAGGAAACUAAGUACCCUGGGCCAAGAAAGAGGAGCAGGGACUGGAUUAGGAAGCAAGGGGCGCCCUGUUUUGUUGUGGUCCAGACUUCAGAGCCAAGGACCCAUGAUCACUGCUUGCAUGACCCAGUCAGACCACACCUGGCCCUGUCUCCCCUCUCCCCGCUAGUUACCCUCUGCCUGUGAAACCUACCCCCAAACUCCACUGGGGGAGAUGUGAGUGUCACCUUCUGUCUCCUUGCCACUCAAAAUAAAUCUUUUUUCAUUUCUCAAAA